AUGAUCACGGCGGGCGCAACGUCAAGAUCUAGGUCGUCUGCGCGCACGACGGGCGCCCCGACCGAGACAGACGCGACGGCCUUUGGCGCCGCGACGGGCCAGGUGCAGCGGGCGCUCACCAAGUCCAAGACGGCCGUGCUCCCGGACGUCGACUUGUCCGCGAACACGUUGUGGCUGCUCCCCUGCGCGAGCGCGCCGGCCGAUGCAGCAAGCGCGGUUGAGGGCUCGGCGGCUCCGGCGACGGCCGCGGCCGACAAGGACGAGGCGAUCGUGCGCGCCGACGCAGCGGACGACAAGAAGGACGAGUUGGUUGUCGCGCGCGCAAAGUACGACGCGCUGCAGGCCCAGCACGACGCGCUGCGGGCCCAGCACACUCAACUGGAGCAAGCGACCAACGAGUCCCAGCAGCUACAUUCGAGCCAAAUCGAGUUCAUCAAGGCGGCUCCGCGAAGCAAGGCGACCCAGCCGACGCCACCAACGCUACAUCGCCAGCCCGGCCCGCGUGCCCGGCUCUAG